AUGGCGCAAAAAGUCCCAAACCCCACGCCUGGAAGCAACUCCACGUUGCUACGGCGUAAACCAGAGGGUACACACUCACAAGGAAUCACCUCUCAUCAAGUUGGGAUCGCAUGGAGCUGGUUCCUCGUCACCGUCCCCAUUGCCGCACUGACUGCUGUCUUCCUGGUGCUGGUGUUCCAUUACCGGCUCUACCAUGGCGAUCCCCCCUUUCCCAAUCUCCGCUUACCCUCGGCGGAGGAUGAGAAGAAUGUGGUCUAUGUUGAUCUGAGCUCGAGCAUGAUCCUAUUCACUACGUCCUGGGCCAGUUCCGUGGCUCCCAUGUUGUCCAGCUUUGUGGUCGCCCUCGCAUCGUCCCAGGCGACGGUAUACACAUACGUCGACCCGGACCAGACGUCCUACACAUACCUGGGGGUCCCCGAAACCGCAUCCCUGCUCACCCAGGGCUUCACAGCCAAGACAUACGGUGCUCGCACGCAGUGCCAGCUAAUCUCGUCGAAAUGCACCUUGCAAAAUGCAGCUUCGUCGGUCAAAUUCAACUGCUCCGCUGAUUUUACAGGUCUCAUCAACACGCCCACUCUACAGGCGGCGUUCUUCGAGGAUGAAAGCAUGAGCAAAAACCUCCGGGGCAAGGUGGUAUCCAACUGCAGCACCGGCAAUCCGGACUACUUCGCCCUCGCGUCCGUGGUGAACCUCUCCGGAGGAAAGACGCCCAAUUCCACCGAGUUUGUGAAAAGUCUCCAUGGCGUCCCGACCUAUGUCCUGGGCUGCCACACGACCAUCUACGAUAUCGAGUACGACCGCCUCAACAACACCGUGACCCGUUUCCAGCCCGCGGCGAGCAACACCUCCGUCAGCAACAUCUGGCAGACGAGCAUUUCGCAGACCCAAGAUUGGUUCCCCUUCUUCCAGCAGGCUGCUGGCACCGCAAUCUUCAGCGAUACGGCCGAGGAGUUCGCGGAAAAGGUCGCCCUGGCUCUUAGCAAAGCGACCAUUGCCCUCGGGGCGGAUGCACUCGGCGCCCAGCCGGCGCUGGCCGCCCAGGAUCGAGAGACGUUACUCGUGGCCCGCAUUCCUGUGGCCCCGCUUGUCGCCAUGGUGGCGGUUUGUCUUCUGUAUGUCGUGUGCGGCUUGGUUCUGACGGGGAUCGCGGCGUGGAGUGCCCGAUAUGAAGUCCGGGAUGUGCAGGCCCGGCUUUCCAUUGCGGGUCUGGUUGCGGACCGGUUCGAGGAACCUGGGUUGCGGAGCGACGCCAAUUGUGUCGAGGAAAUGUUCGCCGAGCAUGCGGGGCAAGAGAGCAAAAGGAUAGCCAUCGAGUCAGUGGAUGGAGUCGGGGUUUAUAGAUAUACAACCUGGCCGAAGCCAGAAGGUUCUGCCUCUGGCUGGUGA